AACACUUCUCGUGUUCAAACACAUUUCACUUUUUUCAGUGGAUUCCCUUUGGAUUGUUACCAUUGCUCAGCUGUACAGAUAAAUCACAGGAUAAGGAUAUUGGGAGACAACAUGGCGAGUUUAUCUUAAGUUACUGAAAUUGUACAGGGUUUUGAGAGAUGGACGGCUUGAUGGAAUCUAAUUUGUCCCUGCUGUCUUCUUCAAAAGAUGAAUUUAAAGCUGAAGAUUAUGUACAGCCUCAUUACAAAGAGGCAUAUCGGUUAGCCAUAGACUGUCUUGUUGAAGGUGGAGAAGUGUCUUAUGAAAAGUUCAUCAAAGAAGAAGGCAUUUGGGGAUUUCUUUCUGAGGAUGAAAUCCACCAUAUUAAAGAAAGUGCUGUACAACUGUCCACAGCCAAUCACUCGGAGGAAACAGACUGUGCACCCGACGAGUCGUCCUCUACGGGUACCUACUGGCCCACUCACUCUGACACUGAGCCACCAAACCUAGAUUUAGGCUGGCCUGAGGUCUUGCACGGCCGGCUUAAGACCAAUGUAGACCUGCUGUUCCAUCCCCCAAGAGAAAACAGCCCCACCAUCAAGGAAAUGAUCCGCAAACACAUACAGGAUGCCAGACAGGUCAUUGCGAUCGCAAUGGACGUUUUUACAGAUGUAGACAUCUUUAAAGAGGUGGUUGAUGCAUCAGUUCGGGGUGUUCCUGUCUACAUUUUACUGGAUCAUAAUCACUUCAAAAGCUUUCUCAAUAUGAUAGAAAAACAAGAUGUCCAAAUUCAACAACUUAGAAAUAUGAGGAUACGUACAGUAAAAGGCCAGGAAUACUGCUGCAGAUCUGGAGCAAAGUUCUAUGGAGCGAUGGGGCAGAAAUUUAUCAUUGUUGACUGUAAAACAGUGUUUUUUGGAUCAUACAGCUUUAUGUGGUCUUAUGAGAAGAUGAACCUCAGCAUGGUGCAGGUUAUAACAGGCCAGCUGGUGGCAACUUACGAUGAGGAAUUUCGGACAUUGUAUGCUCGAUCGACAAUCCCAGCUCCAUUUCAGACUGCCAUUGAAAACCAGUCUGAUGUAAGGCCAAACGGUAAAGCGGAUGGAUACCUCAUUAAUUCCAGCAUCCCCUUUGAAAGGAAAGACCACUUAAGGCACACGCUUGAUGCAGUUUACCGGCAAACCUGCGAAAGGCGUUCAGGAUUUUCACCUUUGAGGGAACAUGAGGAAAGGCAGCUUACUACACCACAAACCCAUCUCCUUCAAGAAGCAUCAGAAUUUUACAAAAGACACAGCUAUGCGGGAGAGCGACAGGAACCUGUAUAUAUUCCACAGUUGUCAAAGUUUGGCUCCAGUAAUUGGAACGUGGCAGCAGCAGCAGCGAGCAGCCGUUAUGGUGGUUUCUCUAACAACAUGGACAACCAAUAUGAAAGUUACGUCAUUAACCCGAUGUACAGAGGUUCAAACAUGCGCCAGUCCUACCAUGGGCAUGACAAACAAAUUCUCAAUAUGAGGCAAAAGCUACCAAGUUUAGCUAGUACGUCCAAGUCUUUCCUUCGUACGUAUAGGAUAGAGUCUUACCUCAACAGCCCCAACGAUGCACCCUAUGGGGAGAACUACGAUUAUCCGGAUAAACACGAAAUUGAGCUAUAUAAAAUGGCGGCUCCUCAACACUCUCGCAUUAGGUCAUCAGUUGUCUUCACAUCCACCAUACCGGAGCAACCAGAGACCAACAGCUACUCUAAUAAUUCAAUGUCCUCCAACCACGAUCCAGCACGAAUUCAAUCAGGUUCUCAUCACAUUUAUUCUUCAUCCCAGUGGAAUCAGGCAGGUGCAACACAAUAUGAUGACUACAACAUGCAGAGGAAGCGCAACACACCGAUUUCAGAACAUUCAGGAACCAGCACAAGUUACUGCUCAGGAAGAAAUGCAAUAUAUGCAAGUCUGGAUAGAGCUAAAAACAGACUUCCAAACAAGGAAUGUUACAUCCAGCAAGACAACUUGUACAAAAGACUUAGUUUGGCCGAUCCCAGGUGCAAUACGUACAACAGUGACACGAACAAGCCCUCUAGUCACAUGUAUGCUUCUUUGCCUAGAGGACAAACGGAUAAGGUUUUGGUAAAUGAGAAUCCCAGAAGUGGACGGUACCCGCAGAAUCUGAAAGAGGAUCAGAGAUCUGUCUCACAUCAUGAUUUCAAAAAGACAGAUGAGAGCACAACUACCUCAGGAAAUCUAUGGCAAGAGCCUCCUUCGAGAACUGUGUCAGCAACAUUACUAGAAAGAGAGGACAGCAUAUCUAAUAGCAUAUCUGAUAGCAAACCUAAUAGCAUAUCAUCGCCACGCUUCUUUAAAAGGAGCACCAGGAAAAUAAAAUCUCUUCUAAACAUCCCGCAGAAGGGUGACAGUUCACCCAAAAGGAAGAAUCCUGCAAGUCUUAAGACUGGUAGCAGCACUGACACAAUUCUCUCCGAAGACGAAUCUGUGAGAGACAAGAAACAUCAGAGUAGCGCUACCGGUUCCAUCAAAUCGGCUGGACUCAGGCGCACAAAUGGGAAGAUUCCUAGUGUUGAGAAUCAUGCUUCCGCUGUGGUGGGAGAAACCUCUGCACCUCGGUUCAGCACCGAGGACCUUCACAGCCUACCUACAAGUGAUGUAGAGACUACCAAAACACAGGAGCAAACCUCAGUCAUUACUCAGAAUGUGAGGUCAAACUCAACUCUAACGAGAUCGGAUCUAUUGCCAAAGCAACACGUGUCAGCAAACAGGCUGUACAGCCGAUUCGAGCCACUUUGCUCAUUUGAAACGAAGCAUCCCUCAGAAGGUCGUUCUGCCUAUGUGUCUUCAAACAGCAAUGCAACGGUAAAAACGAGAAAUUCUGUGUUCUUAAGAGGAGAAACUUUUAAUAACCCUAACAGUUACACAAGCCAACAGACACAUGGGCAUGACAACAGAAUUGGUCGUUUCUUUCAAAGGGUUGGAAAUUUGAUACACAAGAAAUAAUGAUGCGCCAAUGUAUAGUGAAUAUACAUGUAGUGACAACAAAGAACAUCAGUUAUUGCCAAAAAAAAAAAAAAAACUGCAAAUGCUGUGAAACCAGAAAUUGUGUUUAUGAAAAUUCUGCUUCCAAUCUUCAUCCCAAGCACGUGCACACUCCUUACACACCACUAUUACAAUGCUUAUACAUUUACACUUCCGAAAAGCCACGGCCUUCAGCAGACAUAGCUCUCUUAAACUUUAAACGGUGUAAAUUAAACAAUUAGGGUUGCCACCCAUGUCUGAUAAAAAACCUGGACAUAUAGAUGACCCGGCCAAUUGGUUUGCUCACAGCCCCCCCCCCCAAAUAGCAUAAUAUUUCUAUAGGCUUAUGCAAUUAUUGGGAAAACUUUACAAUUCUCUUUUUUUCAAUUCUUAUUUGUUAACAUUAGUUAAUGUAUUAACUAACAUGAACUAACCGUGAGCAGUACAUUUGUUACUGUAUUUGUUAAUCUUUGAUAACGUUAGUAAAUAAAAUUACAGCUGUUCAUGGUUUAUUCAUGUUAGUUCACAGUGCAUUAACUAAUGUUAACAAGAUUUAAAUAAAUGUAUUAUUAACAUUAACAAAGAUAAAAAAUUGCUUUAUGCUAUAUAAGUGCAGUUUAUUAUUAGUUCAAGUGUUAACUAAUGAACCUUAUUGUAAAGUGUUACCCAAUUAUUUGUACAUUAUGUUAAAAUAUGUAAAUCAGGUUUACAAUUUAUUAAAGCUGCUUAUACUAUUUAUGUAAACUGUUUUUAUUUAUAUUCCAUUGCAACGUUAAACAGGUCUUAAUAGCAACUAGCAAAUAUGCACAUGAAAUUAAACUUGUUGAACUCACCUCAACAUGUAUUUUACAAUCAUUUAACCCGCCAUAGGAAAAGCUGAAGUCACUGUUACAAAGAUUUUAACUCUUUUUAAGACAGGGAUACACUUUCGUGUAGUCUGGUGUAAAAUGUGUCUUAUAUUUUCGCUUUUGGGGCACUCUCCCUCUGUCAUGGCGCUCCUGUUUCUAGAUACACUGAUUAGUUUGGUUUGGGAGAAGAGAUAAAAGCCCGCCCACACUGACAAUUGAUUGGUUGAUGUCCUGAAACAGGCCAAUCAGGAAGCUCUCUGUCUUACAUGCGCUAAAUGAGGCAAACACACACACAGACGCAAGGUCUCCCUCUCUGCCGUGCGCGCGCUAAAUUUCAUAUUCACAUAGCGUUUCAAAAAAAACGGGACAUUCAGUGUCCCGGGAGAGUUGAUAAAUUUCCCGGGACAGGUUAUUAAAAAGAAGGACAAUCCCGGUAAAACCGGGACAGGUGGCAACCCUAGAAACAAUGGUUGUGUUUCACACAUGAUGCUUCUGAAUGCUGCUACUUGCAAAAAAAAAACAAUCCCUAGAACAAGCCAUUUUCUUUGGUGCAUGUAAACAAUGUUGGGAUGGUGGGAUGCUCAAAAAGAGAAAUGUUUUGAUACUGUCACAGAGCUACAGUGUUUACACUUUCAAGGAAAUCAACCUGCUGAUUGUUUACUUAUAUAGUCUGCAUAUCAAUUCGGCAGAGGAAAAUUAUUUUUAUUUUACAAAUUACACACUUGAGCUUUAAAAUUGUAGAACAAUGUUUACUUGAAUGCAUGCUGAUGCCAGUGUUGAAGGUCGGCAUUAUAACCUGUUAAAAAAGUACUGUUACACUGCCUAUCUCUUGUAGUCAGACUCAAAAUAAAUCCUUCUAUUCAUGAUAUUUGUGUGCUAAAAAGAUGAUGAUGUCUUGAGUGGGGCUACAGGCAGAUGUAAUGAUAAUAAUUUCGUAAUUUCUCUCACUUGAGUAAUUGUUACUUUGAAAUGUUAACUGUGGAUGAAACCUCCCAUUUUGGUCUGAUUGCAAGCUGUAACAAACCAUUCUUACAAUCAUGAAUUGCACUUCUGUCUGGAGAGCAGCUUCCCCAAAAUAGCUCAUCUUGUCAUUGUUAAAGCUGACAUAAAAAAUGGAACACAUGCAAGAUAAAUAAAUGUUGGUUGAUGGGAAA